AUGAACCUUGUACAUAUGGAAAAUCCCAGUGUUGUCGAUGCUUGGUUAAAUGUUACUUUGAGGCGAAACGUUGAAACAUCAGAACUGAGUAAAGUGUUUCUCAACAUUUUUGUACCAUGCCUCCGACUUCAGUUCGCCUACAGACCAACUUUCUUAACUGAAACAAUUGUGCUAUUUUGCUCAGCCUGUAGUCUGUACUUGACAGUUGCCUUUGACACUGUUAACCAGCAAACGUUACACGGUAGACUGGAGUCUGAGUUUGGUUUUAAAGGUCUGGAUUACAUCAAUGCACGCGCUCGAUUCAGUUACCAACUGGAUUGCACGGGAAGUACAACGUACAGGCAUCUCCUAUCAUCGUCACUCAUUAGCGCCAAGUCUUUUCGGGAUAAUCACGAUGAUUGUGUCUUUCCUGAGACGAUGGUUUUGUUGUGGCUCGAGUCAGAGGAUCCUCUGCCUGUGCCCUCCUCGUCGUCCUCGCAAAUAUUCAUCAUGACAUUCAAUAUGAAUCAAUGGUAUCUCUCCGGAAUGCCAGCCAGAUGGGAAGACAGCAGAUUCAUGCAAAUUCAUCACCUUGGUAUGCUCGCCCAACUUCUGUUGAACCAACAUAUUCUGCAUGUUUCCGUUGGAGAGAAGCCUGCAUCUUACUACCUGGAUGGCAACAACCAGGCGUUUCGCACUGCUCCGGAUUAUGCAAGAGUUGGCAAUCCGGGUUGGAUAACACGAAUUGGGCGAAGGAACUAUCGCGCCCUGCUUGCCGGUCUAACAUGCAUUACUGGCCAGAAAAUUGUACACAUCAGCCUCACAUCCGAGUUCACUCAGUUUAUAAAGCAUUUGGAAAAAGUUGGGAUUGGGUUAUUGAAGGAUUUGGAUCAGGUGUUGAAUCUUUGUAUCAGAUAUAAUCUUUUGAACUCUCUAGAAUUCCCUGCAGAUGAGGAUGGCCAGGUUAUUAAACACAAGGCUCUGCUUACUGUUUUGAUGAGGUUAAGGAAAGAGAAACUACUGAUCGAUUUCAUACAUUGUUCGCUUCUUUCGAAUGCAGACCAAAGUUGCAUGGAUGUGGAAACAUUGGCUGAAUGGGCACUGCAGUCUGUGGAGCUUACAUGUGAAACAUUCAACAGCUUCAUGCAUCCGAUAUUUGAGUACGGAUCACUGAACGUCGAUGACCACAGCAUGGACACGACUGAUCAGUGCGUGAACUCCUUCAACCUGCUCAUCAACUUCAUCACUUCCCUCCUCACCUGCUGCUCAAACGCUUUAUCACUGCAAACAUGCGAAGCGUUGAAGAGUCGACUCUGUGUUAGUUUCUUGAUGGAGGAUUACAUGCAGGCCAGCAUCUGGACAGUCACCUGUCUUUUUCUUCAUCACUCUCAUGGUUCAAACACCUUUGAGAAAUUAAAAACUGAUUGCCUUGAUGGUUAUGGAAAAAGAAGAGCAAGCAGAAGACUGUUGAUUGAUUACAUCAUGAACUGUAACGAUAAUGGUAGCAACAAAUUUGAUCGUUAUGAAGAUGAUGAAGAGAUGAUAAAUGAUGGAAAACAUGCAACUUUGCAGAAGUAUUUAAUUGAAUGUCAGCAAAAACCUGUUUAUCCACUCGCUUCUAUCAACACAUUGUUAGGAGUUUACUUGCUAUGGGAUGUCUCCAUGGCAACAAAGCAUGCCAUUCUGAUGUACUUUACAAGAGAUGUCCUGCAUGAACAUAAGAAGUGCUCGCUCAGCUUGUCUUAUAAGUUGCUUGACUCUAAAAUGGACGUCUCAUCUCAAAAGUUGUUCCUUGAAGUUCUCCUUUCAAACAACCAAUACAAACAUUUGUGCCUUCGUGUCAUCCAAAUAAUCAUCAAUAACAAUUUGGUAACAAACAUUCAACAAGCGGAAGGAUUGAAAAGAAUGAUCGUUGGAGUGGACUGCAAUCUAUCAUCUACUGCUUUCCGAUUCACAAUACAAGGUUUUCAGAAAGACAUGUUCGACAAAAAAUAA